AAGCUGUUACUCUUUCUUCAUUCCGGCCAGCAUGUGAUCACAUCUCCUGUCACUCAAGGCCUGAAAGGGCGGGGCCUUCAACAUUAUCCAAUCAGGGACGCUGGGCGGAAACCGUCCAAUCAGACACGCAGCUGCAGCGGACGGGGCGGCUUUCGGGUUUGGCGGGUACUUUGUCUCUAGCUGCAGACGGAGCUGCACGUCUUGUCUUCCCUAAUCUAUGUCCUCUGCUCCUAGAGGCCCAGCCUCUGUGGCCCUGUGACCUGCAGGUAUUGGGAGAUCCCCAGCUAAGACGCCAGGUCCUCCCUGGAAGCCUAGAAAUGGGACCACUGACAUUUAGGGAUGUGACUGUAGAAUUCUCUCUGGAGGAGUGGCAAUGCCUGGACACUGCACAGCAGAAUUUAUAUAGGGAUGUGAUGUUAGAGAACUACAGAAACCUGGUCUUCCUGGGUAUUGCUGUCUCUAAGCCAGACCUAGUCACCUGUCUGGAGCAAGGAAAAGAGCCCUGGAAUAUGAAGAGACAUGAGAUGGUAGCCAAAACCCCAGUUAUGUGUUCUCAUAUUGCUGAAGACCUUUGGCCAGAGCGAGACAUUAAAGAUUUUUUCCAAAAAGUCAUACUGAGGAGAUAUGAUAAAUGUGGACGUGAUAAUUUACAAUUAAGAUUAGGCUGUAAAAGUGUGGAUGAGUGUAAGGUGUGCAAAGGAGAUUGUAAUAGACUUAACCAAUGUCUGACAACAACCCAGAGGAAAAUAUAUCAAUGUGAUGAAUAUGAGAAAGUCUUUUAUAAAUUUUCAAAUGUAGAUAGACAUAAGAUAAGACAUACUGAAAAGAAAACUUGCAAAUGUAAAGAAUGUGGUAAAUCAUUUUGCAUGCUUUCACAACUAACUCAACAUAAGAGAAUUCAUACUAGAGAGAAUUCCCACAAAUGUGAAGAAUGUGGCAAAGCCUUUAACAAGUCCUCAGCCCUUACUAAACAUAAGAUAAUUCAUACUGGAGAGAAGCCCUACAAAUGUGAAGAGUGUGGCAAUGCUUUUAACCGGUCCUCAGCCCUUUCUCGACAUAAGAGGAUUCAUACUGGAGAGAAACCCCACAAAUGUGAAGAGUGUGGCAAAGCCUUUAACAGGUUUUCACACCUUACUCGACAUAAGAUAAUUCAUACUAGAGAAAAACCCUACAAAUGUGAAGAAUGUGGCAAAGCCUUUAACUGGUCUUCACACCUUACUGAACAUAAGAGAAUUCAUACUAGAGAGAAGCCCUACAAAUGUGAUGAAUGUUGCAAAGCCUUUAACUGGUCUUCAGCUCUUACUACCCUUACUCAACAUAAGAUAAUUCAUACUAGAGAGAAACCCUACAAAUGUGAAGAGUGUGGCCAAGCCUUUAACCGGUCCUCAGCCCUUACUGGACAUAAGAUGAGUCAUACUGGAGAGAAACCCUAUAAACAUGAAGAGUGUGGAAAAGCUUUUAACCGGUCUUCACACCUUAUUCAACAUAAGAUGAUUCAUAAUAGAGAGAAACCCUACACAUGUGAACAGUGUGGCAAAACUUUUAACCAGUCUUCAUACCUUAUUCCACAUAAGAUAAUUCAUAUUAGAGAGAAACCCUACAAGUGUGAUGAGUGUGGCAAAACCUUUAACCGGUCUUCACACCUUACUCAACAUAAGAUAAUUCAUACUAGAGAGAAACCCUACAAAUGUGAAGAAUGUGGUAAACCUUUUAAUCGUUUAUCAAACCUUACUGUACAUAAGAGAAUUCAUGCUCAAGAACCCCAACGAAGUGAAGAAUGUGGCAAAGCUUGUAACCAUUCCUCGAUCCUUAUUAAACAUAAGGGAAUUCAUAGAGAGAAACCAUACAAAUGUGAAGAAUGUGCUGGAUUUAACAAAUCCUCAACAUUUACUAAGUACAAAAGAAUUCAUGAGAACUCAUAUGGAAGAUAAAGCCUAGAAAUAAGAAGAAUGUGACAAAGCCUUUACAAGUUCUCAACACAUAAUUUAUACUAGAAAGAAAUCCUAAAGUGUGAAGAAUGUCACAAAGCCCUUAACAAGUCCUCAAUUAUUAACAGAUAUAAGAUAUUUCAUACUGGAGCAAAACUCUACAAUCCUGAAUGUCACAGUGCUUUUAAUAACACCUCAAACUUUUCUAAACAUUAAAAAAAGAAAAAAAAAGAUUAUACUCUUGCAAAACUCUAGAAAUACAAAGAAUGUGAAAAAGCUUUUAAAUGGUUUUCACACUUGAUUGCAGGUAAAAUAAUUUAUACUGGAGAAAACUCCAAGUAUGAAGAAUAUAACUUUUAACCAGUGUUCACAACUUAUUGCACAGGAAAGCAUUUAUAGUUGAGAAAUGGUGUACAAAUAUAAAGAAUGUGGGAAAGUCAUUAAUAUCUGCUCACAUAUUGUACAACAUCAGAGAGUUCAUACUUAAUAUUAUAAAUACAAUUACUAUCAAACGAUCUUUCAGAAAUAUAAGCCUUUAAAGUGAAGAGUUUAUUCUGAAGACAAACAUUACAAAUAUAAAGAGGGUUGUAGUACUUGUAUCACAUAUUUUAUUGUACACAUUUUUAUUUUUUUAUUUUUAAGACAGAGUCUCGCUCUGUCACCCAGGCUGGAGUGCGGUGGCGUGAUC